AAAAACGACAAAGAAGAAGAAGAACCAGCUCCAGCAGCAGAAGAAGAAGAAAAAGAAAGAGAAGCGUUUUACCUACGUAAAUCGAAGAUGGCUAAACAUCAUCCAGAUUUGAUCUUCUGUCGAAAACAAGCUGGUGUUGGUGAUGGAAAGUGUGUCAUCUGUGAUUCCUACGUCAGACCCUGCACACUGGUGCGUAUUUGCGAUGAGUGUAACUACGGCUCCUAUCAGGGGCGCUGCGUCAUAUGUGGGGGGCCUGGUGUCUCCGACGCCUACUACUGCAAAGAAUGCACCAUCCAGGAGAAAGAUCGAGAUGGAUGUCCUAAGAUUGUAAACCUGGGCAGCUCCAAAACAGAUCUGUUCUAUGAACGAAAGAAGUACGGCUUCAAGAAGAGGUGAACGCGACCACGACGACCCAGUGCAACGUUUAGUCUUUCAGAUUUUCUUUAAAACUCACAAAAAAAACUUUUGUUUGAUUUGUCAAUAAAACUCAAUUUUGUACUUUUUUUCUAUGACUGCUUUGUUAGCGUUCAAGGUUUUUAAAUAAUCAGUGAACACGUCACAAAAAUGGGCAAUUAAAGAGCUGGAAAGACCUGAGCUGUUACCAUUAAUGGUAUAAAUACUCCCACUUUCUGUGGACCGCUGAACACAGGGGGCAAGAGCCAAAAUGAAAUAACAUUUUCAUUGUAAAAAAAAUAUCGUUUUUCUUUUUUGUUUUGUUUUUAAACGUAAAUCUGUUUUUAGUAAUCAUUUAAAAAGGUACAGAUGGGUGGCGAAUAAAAGAAACCCCCUUUGACCCUUGACCCCUUUCAUUGAGGGGCUUCAGUCUCUCUUAUAUUGUGGUUUGGGUCCAUGUACAGCUGAGGAGUAUUAGUUAGCUUACACGAAAGCAAUGAUUGCGAUGAUUUCCUGUUUCUUAUACUCUGAUUAUGCGUGCAUACAUGAAACUCCACUAAACACAUCUGGUUAAAAAAACAAACACUCUUUAUAGGAAACGCCACAAAAUUUAAAGAGUCGCUGAAACCAAUACAAGAUGUCAAGCCUGUUAAAAACCAAAUAAGAAAAUAUCUAUUUUUUUAACAAUGGUGAUCAGCUCUUCGGUAGAAUUAAAUUUUAUUCAUACAGCGCCAAAUCACAACAACAGUUGCCCUAUAGUGUAAGGUAAACUCUGUACAAUAGCCCCAGCCAUCAGAUGACCCCAUAUGAGCUAGCACUUAGCAACAGUGGGAAGAAAAAACUCCCUUUUAACAGAAAACCUCCAGUUUCAGCUGUGGGUGAGGGAAGGAAAAAAGACAAAGGAAUCAAUCUGACAUACUGCAGUAAUAUGUGAGAUACUGAACAUGUUUACUGACAUUUCCUGUAGUUUCUCUCAGCAGCACCACCUGGGUUGCUUUAGGACGGGGUGGGAAAUCCAGGCCUCGAGGGCCAGUGUCCUGCAGGUUUUAGAUGUGUCCUUGAUCCAACACAGCUGAUUUUAAUGGCUAAACUACCUCCUCAGCAUGUCCUCGAAGUUCUCCAGAGGCCUGGUAAUGAACUAAUCAUUGGAUUUAAAUGUUUUAACCCAGGGUAAUAUCUAAAACCUGCAGGACACCGACCCUUGAGGCCUGGAGUUCCUGACCCCUUGUUUUAGAACAUCCACCUCCUCAAACUACUCUGAGAUAAGCAGAUUAGUUAGAGGUUCAGUGCGUCACGAUUUCAACAAUAGCUUUAAAUCUGUCAAGAAUCAGAAUAGUCAUUUUCAUUCACUCAAAUCCAUUGAUGACCAAAAAAGUCCAGUGAACUAAUGUGCCCCCUGUUCCUGAGGUAUGGCCUUAAAUAACAUCAAGAAAACUUGAUUUUAAUUAUUUGAUCUUAAGAAAAUUGUGUGAACCCUUAUAAUUUAUACAAAGUUGUGGUUUAUGAGGUCCAGAUGAUUCUCGGGUUCAAGUAAACGUUUGUACCAAAGUUGAAAGUUGUCCUUCCAGGUUUUCCUCAGAUCCUGCAGUCAUGACAAUAAGAUGGCAUAAAAAGAAACAAGAGACUCAAAGAGUUCGGUCUACAAGGCUUUAAUCUUACAUAAUGUAAAUACAAGACAAAAGCUUGCCACACUCAAAGAUGUUUCUUUACAAAGAUGUAACCAGAAAGGUUUAAAAAAAACAAAAAAAACCCACACAACAAAGUUAGCUAAAUGACCUGUUCCUGAGAAGCUGCAACAACCAUUGCAACA